AUGUCGUUACAUAGCAGUACGGUACAGUUUGUAACGCAGAAACCAGAAACCCUAACCCCUGAACUACCUCAUGGUUAUCGUUUCCAUCCCGAUGAUGAAGAACUAGUCCGUUUCUAUCUCUACCCUAGAAUCACAAACCCUAAACUCUUCACCACCAUCCAUACUCCCAUUAGAGAUACCCAUAUCUUUGGCGACCAUGCCAAAGAACCUUGGCAAAUCUGGGAAUCCUUCCCCAAACGUCAUGGCGAGGAUCUCUUCUUCUUCACUCAACUCACCAAGAAAGGGAGGAACUUUGUGCGCAAAAUUAGCUGCGGGCCCGGUACAUGGCAUCAAGAGUUCAAAGACCCUCCUUUCAAUGUCUCCAUCGACCCCGACUGCAAAGUCUCUGUCAUCAGAAAGGUUUUCACUUACCAAAAUCCGAAAUCUGACCAGAAUGGCUCCUGGUUCAUGUUUGAGUACAGCCUGCCAUCACUUUCUGAACAAAUUGUCCUGUGUCGAUUGAGAAAGAAAGAAGUCCACUCCACUGAGACAGUACAAACUACAACAACCGCAACAACUAAAAAGAGGAAGAGGGAUGCUGACAGUGAAAUUGUUGAUGAUGCAACAAACACCAUACCGCAAAAGCCCAGGAUCAAUGAAUUAGAUCAACGUCAGCAACAGAUUAUGGGUUUCUAUGUGGCCGUAGAAAACCAACAGCAGCACUUGGAGCUUGAACUGGUCUUUGAUAAUUGGGCAGAAUUCGACCAUUCUGAGUGCUUUUCUUUUGAGAAUGUGCAGGAUCUUGAAAGUUAUCUGAUGGCUGAUGAUUCAGAUAUUACUUCCACGAGUAAUGUUACACCCGAACCAAUUAUAUAUGCAUUUAAUCCUACAGAGAACUUGCAGUCAAUUGAGGUUGAGCGCGUCGAAAAUGAUGGGGAAGCUGCCUCAACACAGGAUGAUGAUUUCUGUUAUAAGAUGAUUGAUUUUAGUGGUGGAUAUGAUGAGGCAGAUGGGGUUCUAGCAAGUCAAGCAACAGCAGAGGCUAGCGUUUGUUGGGUUCGGGCUACACCAGAUCUGGAUGGAACCUGCACUGCUGAUGCUGUUGAUUAUGGUCUUGAACAUGGAGUUUGCGAUUCAAGCCUCACCAAUUGGUCUGGGUCAUUUUCUCAAAUGCUGCUAGAAGCAAAUUACUUGCCUGAUUGA